UAGUGGGACAUCCCACGAUGAAAUUAUAUGCACUCUGCGCUAUCCUGCUCCUUGCCAUUGUGGCAGUCCAAGGAUAUCCUGGUAUACACGGUGGCUUUGGACACGGAGGACACGGUGGACUCAGUGGCUUGGGAGGACUUGGCGGCUUAGGAGGACGCGUUGGUUUCGGAGGACCCGGUGGCUAUGGAGGACCCGGUGGCUACGGAGGACUCGGUGGCUACGGCGGACCCGGUAGCUACGGCGGUGGUGGUGGAGGCGCAGUAGCCACUGCCAACGCUAAUGCAAACGCAAACUCAGUUGGUUACAGUCCGGGUGCUUACUACGGAUAAGGAAUGAUGAUAACAGCAGUCCAGAAACGGCAAUUGCUUUAAAAAAUAAACAAAUGCAUAAUUAUUGCAUAAAGACUAAGACAUUUUUCUAUUAUUACUUUUGCCAAACGUUAUCAACACAAUGGCCUUACCUUCUAUGUAUAAUAUACUAUAAAUAUAAAUUUAUUAAUUUUUAAUUAUUAUUUAUUAAGUGAAGAAUAUAUAUAUAAUUUUCGGGUUCAAAAGUUGUAAUCACCGGAAAAGGAAUUUUGUAUAAAAUGUGUAAACAGAAGCAAAUCUAAGGACUUACAUGAUAAACUAGUUUUUAUAGCUGAUUAUCAUAAUGAAUUUAUCUGAGCUUUUUUACAGCCUGAAAAUAUACUUUACCAAAACAUGGCUUGCCAAAGCUAACCAGUUUUCAAUUAUUGAUAACAUAGU